UUGUGAAACAGGGAGGACGAUAUAGGCAGGGACAUGAGUCAACCAUCCAUUCUCAGUUUCUUUGCUCCAUCGUCUGGCGAGGGGACUCAGCCAGAACACCUGCAGAACCACAGCACAGCCAACAUGACAGGGAUCUCGGGGCUUCCGAAACACCAGGACAUAUGCCGGGCAACAAACAAAGUUUUUCAUUCCCGAGACUCAGUAUCUUAAAAAUACAAAUCUACGACGGGGAGAAAGAAAUGACAGCAGAAGACAUUAUAUCAAAGAUUACAAAGCAAAGUAAAGAAAGGAAGAGUACAAAUGGAGGAGACAAAUCAAGGAACAAGAUGACGGAUCGACCAAUAAAUCCACAAGUGCAGACAUCUGAUGUCCAGAGAGAGAGCGAGAUCUCUGAAGGUGUCCCUAAUACCUUAAAAUCACAAUCAACAGAAGGGGACAACAAUGAACCUGGCACAUCUCAGCACUCGGUUUUGGAUCCAUCUAAAGCUGAUUUAAAGACAAAAUUGACAGAGCUGGUUUUGAUAAAAAGUGUGACUGACAGAUUAAAUGGACAAGAAUCUGGCUUUCGUGUUAGGCUGUUUGAGUUCAAAACAUACAUGCAAUGUCAAAUGUUGCCUGCCAUCGAGUCUAUCACAGAACCAAGACAAUUACAAUCAAACAAUCAAAGAUUCAGUUACAUGAUUUUCUUUUACAGAGACGUGGAUGGUCCAGAAAUAUUUGCUGCUGUAUCAGGAAUGGCUUACAGACAUGUUGAUCAGAGAAGCUGUCCAGAAUUUCCAAAGAAGAUAGCAAGACGACUUCUGGAGCCAAAAACAAUUGAGCUAGAUACAAGGAAUAUGACUGGAGACACGUCACAAGUGAGGAAACAAUACAUUCCAGGCAGGGGAGGAACAAUCAACCUUUGGGAUGUCAUAGACGUGGUUGUCCACAAGUACACGGCUAAACCAAAAAAGAAGGCAUCAAUCCUCCAGUUCUGCAACACUUGGGAAAUCAAACCCCCAUCCAUUGCAAUUACAAAGUUGUCUGUUAAGGUCAUGACAAAAUUUCCUAGCAUUUUUGUCAUUCAGGAAAUAAUUUCUCAUUUUGCAACUAUUGAUGGAGGUAAGCCAACAUAUCAGUUUGGUUCAAGUCAAAAUGUUGAAAAAGAUGACAAAACAUUUGCAAUGUUUGACUUUGUGCAGGAAGAAAGCAAGAAGAAGACAAUCAACAAACUUACAGAAAACUUAAACAAAAGAAUCAGCAGCUAUUUUAAUAAAGAAUCUGAAGAGUACAUGCAGCUUUCUUGUGAUGAUCUUGAUGUCUGGCUAAAUGCAUGUGAGUAUAGGCUUUACCUGGACACAGAAUCAAAGAGGUGUCCCAUAAGAACAUGGCACGAGGCUCCACCAACGUUAACAGAUGUUAUAGAGGUCUUAACAGAAAAAGAGAUUUCUGCAAACAUGCUGUCUACUGAUGUAAAGAUGUCCCUGCGCAAAGCUGAUGGAAACCUAUGCAGAAAGAAACCCAUCACCAGCUUCAUCCAAUCACAUUUCACAUAUGACUCCAAAUCUUACUACUUUUGGUGCGGGAAAUGGCUGAAGAUUGAACUGGAAUAUUUCCAAAUGCUGGAUGAGAAUUUCAAGUCUGUCAUAAAAGAGCAAAUUAUCAGCUCUGCAAAUUUGAUGCCAUUACCUUGGACUUGUUCACGGGCAGGGAAAACAAAAGGCACACUGAAAACAAAGAUAUUUGCAUUGACUUCCCUUCAAGACUUUCUGACUAAUAUUUCCCUCAACAAUGAGGUGGUCUUGGACCUAAAGAAAACCAAGAGGCACUUGAGGUCUGUUGGCGAAGUUGAAAAUUGUGGAGAUGGCAAAGUGUGCUGCUCAUACCAACCAAGAGAUUAUGAACAUGAUGAAAACCAAUUGAAACCGGUUCUACAAAUAUUUGUUAGAAUGAACACACCUCUAACAGAAGGUGUGUACAAUGACUCUUAUAUCCUUUUGGACAAAAUCAUCAGCACAAGAGGAUCACAGACAGGGUUCCUAGUUGGAGACCGAAUGCUCAUUAACAACAUAGAAAUGUUUGACAUAAUCAUGUACAAUCAGACACACACGUACAUCAUCCAUGUCAAGGAAGGUUUUGAUAACAAUACAAGAGUCGUCGCAUCUCAAAUACGAAACUCUGCAGAUAUCCUCUUCAGGGCACUGACUGGUAACAUGACCAAAACUGUUCUUGAUGAAAUGUGGGACCGCUUCACGAGGGAGAACACAACAAUAUCAGGUCAAAAAUCACAAUCCACCCGUGGAAAACGAGCAAAGAAAGAGGGAAUGGAAAAGAAUCAGCGUGCAAUGAAAUCAAAGUUAGAAGAGAUGACAAAAGAGGGAUUCAUGAGGCUCUUUAAAGAAAGAGGGAUCGUGUAUGUUUUGGCGGUAAGGGACAAGGUAAAAGAUAGGUCAAUGGAAACUGGUGAUGAAAUGGAGGCACAGCUUAAGGAGACAUAUCCUGAGAAGUGUGAGGAGAUCUUGCAACUUCUUGAGGACAAAAGGUAUGUGCAGAAAAAACACAGUCGUCAUGUUGUCACAGACACGUUUAUAUAUGUGAAUAAAGCAAACUUUCUCAAAGAUAUGAUGGCAGGACUUGACAACCAAGGACUUGGUAAAGAUCUCUGGAUGAAGGUAUAUGCAAUUCUUUUCGAAAAGCUCCUAGAUAUCAAAUCCCCUAUUGCCAAGUUGGAAGUUUUAAGUCUCUUUAGCCAUUUCCGAAAAUAUCAGAUCGAUCAAAACAAAUUCCAGCUCAAAGUUUGCUUUAUUAAAAAAUCCAUCGAUCACUUUCGUGAACUGAAAACAUUUCUGGAAUGCUCACAAUCUCCUUGCUGAGGAUAAAUUGCAAGUUACAUCAAUAAAUACAGAUUCUAGUUGGUAUAAGAUCCAGCUCAAGCCAACGCCUCCUCUCACAGAUUCUACUUUAGUAGAGGUGAAUGACCAUGGAAAUGUUUUCUGUUGCUUUCAAUUUGCUACUUAACAGCAUUUUUCAACUGAUUUUGUCAUUUACCGGUAUGGCAAUUAUAAUUUGCAGUGAAGUAUUAUAUUUCUGAAAUGACAAUAUGUAAUUUUUAAGCAUUUCCCUUUUGACGGUUACUUAAAAUCCCAUUGUUCCUAAGAUCAGUCAAAAUUCACUCACCCGUGUGGAGCCCCUCUUUCCGCCAAAAGACGAUUCACAUGAGCUGAGCCUUGCUCUUAUCACUCUCUCCUGAAUAUGCCCACUCAAGGGCCUACAGUGCUGAGAUGGCGUGGUUGUGUGCGCGCGUGCGCGUGCGCGCGUGUGCGAGACAGAGAGAGAGAGGAUAAGUAUAAAAUAUCAAUUUUAACAUAAAAAUUACAUACUCCUUAGUAUUGCUUACCGAAUCUGAUGGAAAUGGUAGUGGGUCAGCCACCAAUCGGGAUCUACUGUGACUGUUAGAUCAAAAUUGCGUCUGAUCACAUACCCCCUGGGAACUCUUCUUACUGCUUCUUCUGUGGCCAAAACAUCCUGAUGAUAUUGGGGGGACCACCUUCUCCCAAGUCAAUAAAAGAAGUAAAUUGUGUAGAUUUCGUGGAUUUUAGAUAAACUAGUAUGCUUUGUCUAGUUAUCUGAAACGAUCCAUAUGUAAAGGUAAGGACUGUUACCGAAACUGAAUCGCGACCCAUAUGUUAAGGGUAAGGACUAUUACCGAAAGUUGAGUCUAUAUCAUUCAUGCGCUGACUUAUUUUGUAAGACAGUGGAACAUGGACUCUCUCUGACGGCCUGGUAUCAACAAGUCAACGUGAUAAGAGUGAGUUUCUCAUCAUCUGUCUGGAAUCGUGAGUUGUUGCGCUCCUACAAGGGGCCCGAACUGGUGGAUCCCGGAUACAUCUUCUGCAGCGAUAUCUCGAAGAUAAUGGUUUGCAAACACUGUGUCCGACUUCCAGAAACAGCCUUCCAUGGUGGAUGAUAAAGAGCAAUUGGUCGAGUGUUGAGGCUAAUGAGCUAUCUUUGUGUGGGUUGAAGGCUCUGGGAGGAUCCAGCCCUCCUGCUUUGUAGGCUCGUAGGAUAACAAUUCUGAUCCAAAACGAGAUGUUUGUUCAGGAGACUUCUACAGUCAUGGCGGGUGAUAGUAGGAUGAAGAGACGCUUGAACUUCCUCCUCCUUGUAGCAGUCCGUUCAAGGUAGAUCUGCAAGGCUCUGACCGUGUACAGGGACAGGUCUUGUGUAUCAUCUGGUUCAGGGAUCGUUAAUAAUGCUGGGAUGAGGAGUUGUCUAUCUGGUUGACCUGGUAGCUGAUGAAGUCUCAUCUAAAACCCAGGUGGACUGCAGCAUGAGUUAGCAGCUCAGAAGUUCAAGUAGUGUGUCUCAGUGGCUCGUAGUGGUCGCUGGUAAGAUGUUGCAGCACU